GGGGUAUAACAGUCAAUCGGAUGCAAAUAUGUAGCCCUAAACCCUAGCUGGUCUCUAUAAAUUGGUUCACUCACCACAAUUCUACAUACUCUCCGCUACGCCUCUCCUUCCCAGUUUCCAUUUCGCUUACUUUUUGGAGGUUUUGUAAUCUUUUUGAAUUAUGGGCAAGGAAAAGAUUCAUAUCAGCAUUGUGGUCAUUGGCCAUGUUGACUCUGGGAAGUCGACCACCACCGGACAUCUCAUCUACAAGCUUGGAGGUAUUGAUAAGCGUGUGAUUGAGAGGUUCGAGAAGGAGGCCGCUGAGAUGAACAAAAGGUCGUUCAAGUACGCAUGGGUUCUUGACAAGCUGAAGGCCGAGCGUGAGCGUGGUAUCACCAUUGAUAUUGCCCUCUGGAAGUUUGAGACCACCAAGUACUACUGCACUGUCAUUGAUGCUCCUGGACAUCGUGAUUUCAUCAAGAACAUGAUUACGGGAACAUCCCAGGCUGAUUGUGCUGUGCUUAUCAUCGAUUCCACCACUGGUGGUUUUGAGGCUGGUAUCUCCAAGGAUGGUCAGACCCGUGAGCAUGCUCUUCUGGCUUUCACUCUUGGAGUGAAGCAAAUGAUUUGUUGCUGUAACAAGAUGGAUGCCACCACUCCCAAGUACUCCAAGGCGAGGUACGAUGAAAUCAUCAAGGAAGUCUCUUCAUACCUGAAGAAGGUUGGGUACAACCCUGAGAAGAUCCCAUUUGUUCCUAUAUCUGGAUUCGAGGGUGACAAUAUGAUUGAGAGGUCGACCAACCUUGACUGGUACAAGGGCCCAACUCUUCUCGAGGCUCUUGAUGCUGUCCAGGAGCCCAAGAGGCCCUCAGACAAGCCUCUUCGUCUCCCACUUCAGGAUGUCUACAAGAUUGGCGGUAUUGGAACUGUGCCAGUCGGAAGAGUUGAAACUGGUGUCAUCAAACCCGGUAUGGUUGUUACCUUUGGACCAACUGGUCUGACCACUGAAGUUAAGUCUGUUGAGAUGCACCAUGAGGCCCUUCAAGAAGCCCUCCCUGGAGACAAUGUUGGCUUCAACGUCAAGAACGUUGCUGUCAAGGAUCUCAAGCGUGGUUUUGUUGCAUCAAACUCCAAGGAUGACCCUGCCAAGGAGGCUGCCAACUUCACUUCACAGGUCAUCAUCAUGAACCACCCUGGGCAGAUUGGAAACGGAUAUGCCCCAGUCCUUGACUGCCACACCUCCCACAUUGCUGUUAAGUUCUCCGAGCUCCUGACCAAGAUCGACAGGCGUUCUGGUAAGGAGCUUGAGAAGGAGCCUAAGUUUUUGAAGAAUGGUGAUGCCGGUAUGGUGAAGAUGAUUCCGACCAAGCCCAUGGUGGUGGAGACCUUCUCCCAGUACCCUCCUCUUGGAAGGUUUGCCGUGAGGGACAUGCGUCAGACCGUUGCUGUUGGUGUGAUCAAGAGUGUUGAGAAGAAGGAUCCUUCAGGAGCCAAGGUGACCAAGGCUGCUGCCAAGAAGGGUGCCAAGUGAACUCUGUUUUGUCCUCGUACCAUCUCUCGUUUUAUUUUCUGCAAAAAACUCGUAUUUGAUGUCGGUCUUGAAACUUUUUGUCGUUUGAUUUCUGUCCUUUGGUUUGUGUCGUGCGAUUUUGGUUCCCAGAAUUGGGUUCUGGAUCGGCGAUGGCGUCUGUCACUGUUCACUUUGUUUUGAUUGUUUUUCUGAUAUGAGAGAUUUUGGUCUUAUUGCGUUUUAUUA